GCCGAAGAUAUUGCGGGAGAGGAACCAUAGCCUCGGUGCGACCUAAAACCACAACGACAUCACAAACCAUUACGUGAUGUUCUGGCCCCAGUGCGCUGCCCAUCUUUUGCAUGCCACUAACCUUCGGAUGCCCCGCAAACGAUGACUCGAGUACCUUACGGACUUGGACUUUUGGGAGGGGGGCUAAUUAUGCCGACAGCUUUCGGUAUGACUGCGGCAUGCGAUUGUAUGCAAAGACAUGUGUCUUUCGCCAACACCGUAUUUGCGCCUUACUGCAACGCUGCGAGAUGCCGAACUCCACCGAAUCUCCAGGCUCAAAAGAAGGAAGGAGAUGAGAUCCGCGCCGGCUCGCUAAUCCAUGCAUCCCGUCUCUCUGAUGGCACGUUUCCAGAACGCGCGUUUAUAUCCUUCCAACGAAAAGCCGCCCUGCCACACCACAAUGACCUCACGUCAAGAGUAAGGGCAACGUGCUCCAAGAUAAUUGCCCGAAAUGUCCAAUAUCCGAUAGCUACUAUGCGUAAGCGGAGCUAGGAGGACGGUAAUUGCAAUGGAAGGUUUUCGUCUCUUCAAACCCCAAGCAACCGCGGAUUCCAUCU